AGGUUUCGGUUUGCAAACACGAUAUAUAAUUAUUUCCCAGUGCCAGAGCUGUAUAGCGAGGACCAGAGGAGGAGACGCGGGCAGCAGAGGGGAGGGCGAACCAAAAGAAGAAUUACAAAUAAACUUGGAUGGAUUUAAACAUGUUUUCCCGGACAUAAGUAGGAUUCAGGCUAUGCUGUUAUGUUCCUGUGACGUCUGGUGGGAGGCAGUAAGGUGAACGUCCGGGAUACAUACACACAAACACACGGCCUGAACGGGAUGCCCGCGUGACUGCAGGGAGGAAAGAGGCGGCGGAGGAGGAGGAGGAGGAAGGGGCUCUAGGUGCGUGUGUAGACCACCGCAAAACCCCCGAGGUGGAGUUAUGAAAGAUCGAAACCUGGGAGGAAAAAAUAAUUCCAGCCUGACGUCUAUUUUUGGUGCAGUUUGAAAAUCGAUGGAGUAUAUUUAUUUCCUGUUCACGUCGAGGUAAUUAGUCUCCGUUACCGAACGAACCGAUGAUCUUGGGGCUUUGAUCUCCACGCCGCCUUUUUGCUUAUUCGUGACAGGAGGAGGACCUAACAUAAGGUCGCGGGAGGGGAGGGCACAUGUUCGGAUGUUGCUCCUCCUGAUUGGACAUACGGACUGAAUGAUUCAUGUCAUCUCUGCUGGGGGUGAAACAACGAGGGAUCAGCUGCUUUCUUUGGGAUGCUUUAAAAUUUGCGGCCUGCUAGUGUCUCCAGUUACCGCAAUGCCACUGGCGAGAGGUGGAAGGCAGAAGAUGAAGAGGAGGGAGCAGCAAAAAGCAAAUGAGUAUAACAGGGAUGGAUAACUUGCAAAAACUAGCCCCAUUUUGAUUGUCUUUAAGUCAGAGAAUGGUAUUGUAGGCCAACUCUGUGGGUGAUAGUGGCCUGUGAACCGCAUGAGACACUGUAUUGACUGAAGCUACCUUAGUAUCAUGGCUGAAACAUCAUAUGAGGUGAGUACGGUGGCUGUGAGUGUGUAGUGGCCGCUCAAUUGUCAACUUUCUGCUGACAAAGUUCUUGGACUCACUCACUGGACUACAGUGCGCACCAUGGGGCAUUGCGCAGAACCUAUGGCACCUGCCAGUGGGGAGCUUGGUGCAUAAUUGUGACAGAGUGGAGCUCUGAAAACCAGCAUUUAUGUCUCUCCCUCUUCUACUUGCCUGCACUUCUACCCACACAACUGAACUUUGUUUUAUGAACCCAGAGUAAGUGUAAAACCUCUCCCAGCCUCCUCCACACACGCCGACGAGCCUGGCAUGCCUUCGCCGUCAGACUCCAGCAGCGUGGCUUCGGCCUCGGGGUCUCGAGGCUGGUCAGACAGCCGCAGGGGCAUGUCAGGCCGGGGGCCUGGUGGGGCACGGCUACUCCUGUACCUAGGGCUGUGCCACCUGGGCCUGGGGGCCAUGGUCCUGGCCUUCUCUUUCACCAGCAUGGCCUUCACCUCCUCUGCCCGUGUGAGGCAGUCCUGUCCGUUCUGGGCUGGCUUCUUCGUGGUGGCAUCAGGGAUAGUUGGGAUAAUCUCAUGGAGGAGACCUCUGACGCUUGUGGUGUCACUGUUCAUGCUGCUGUCUGCAGUGUGUGUGAUCCUCAGUCUGGCCGGCUCAAUGCUCUCCUGUCAGAAUGCACAGAUGGUCAAGUCUAUGCUCACCUGCCAGGUGGAGAAUGGUCUGUGUGUGUGUUGUGCGCCCACUCACUCCUGCUCCAUCACAGAGGAGGAGACCCUGGUCCUCUACCUGAAUGCUGACUGUCACUCAGUUAAACAUCAGCUCAAGGACCUUUUGUUCAGUGCAUGUGGUCUCAGCAUUCUCUCCACCAUCAUCUGUACUCUGUCCACUGUGACCUGCAGUAUCCACAUAUUCUCUCUGGACCUUGUGCACCUGCUGGCCCCACAUCGCUCUCGUUCAGUCAACCCAGAAUGCACCACUCCUCAGGACGCCUUCCUGACCAACAUCAUGGACUUUGAGGAGUUUGUCCCACCUAUCCCUCCACCCCCCUACUACCCCCCUGAGUACACUUGCAGCUCUGAAACAGACGCUCAGAGCAUCACCUAUAAUGGCUCCAUGGAGAGCCCCGUUCCUCUCUACCCCACUGACUGUCCCCCUCCUUAUGAAGCUGUGAUGGGACAAAGAGCUGCAAGCCAGGCAACAGUGUUUGACCCCCACGGCACAGAGCUGUCUGGAGAGAGAGGAACUUCUACUGCCUUCAGCGUGUCCAUGGACAGUGGGUCUCUGUUGAUGUCAGAGAUUGUGGACAUCCCUGACGAUUCCUCCCCCUCUGAGGAUUCCUGUCUGAUGGAGGUUGGGCUGAGGACCCAGGGGGACAGGGGCAACAGGAACGUUAGCGAGGGGGGAGACGGAGGAGACGGCGGGGAGUACAUCAGCUUUCGUGGUCCCCCGUCUCAGACACCAGAGAGUCCUCUGGCAGGAGGACCGAGAGCCAGGCGCUUCCUCAGAGGAGAGAGGUCCAACUCCUGCUCUUCACCCAGCACAGCGUCCACCACAUACAGGUCUCCAGUAUUGCGUCGGCAGGCCAUGCUAGCUAGUAGCUGUUCCCAGCUGGAAGCUAUCGGGAAAUCCACCUCUCCACAGCGAUCCUCCAUCCCAGAGUUUCGAGGUUGCCCCUCCACUCUCUCACGCCAAGGAGACACCCCGGCCUCCUCUGCUCCUCCCAUUUCAUCCCCCUCGCCCGCCAGUGAGCAAAGCGGUGGUCAGGGUAAUGGGCCACUCCUCCUGGGCCAACCGUUGUACCUUCGGCGAAGGGCUGGCAAGAGUGAGAAGGAUGGAGAGAGUGUAAGAAGGGAUAGUGAGGGCCUCCUACGUCUCGUGAGGUCACACAGCGAGCCUGGCAUCAGCUCCUCCACUGACACAGUUGACUUUGGCUCUGGAGGCAGCAAAGUAUCUAUAGACACAGGUCCAUCCUCUGAGGCAUGUCUGUUGCCCCGCACCUCUUUGCCUCCUGCUGCAGCUCUGCCAAGGAAAGGCAGCAUGAAAUCAGCAGCCACGGAGGUGCAGGUUCCCUCUAAAGCGCCCCCCACCUCACCGCUGCGUUUACCUAAAGACUGCCACCGUUCCCUUGGAGACCUUAAAGUGACUCGGGGUCUGGUGGCUCGCUUCCUGCAGCGCUCCAAACGCAACCUAUCGCCCUCCUCCGAGCAUGCUGGGAGCAUCGGGCAGGGGCCUAAGAGGAGGAGUGGAGUUGAGGGCGCUGCCACCAACCACCUGCCCUUGGAACAAGUGUUGCUGACCCCUUGGAGCAACAGCCGAGGGUACCCCAACCAUCACACCCAUCACCCCCAUCGCCGUGGACACCACCAUUCCCAUAGUGACAGUCGACACAACCGGCAUUGCAGCAGUCUGGUGCCAGAGGGGAUCCACCUGCGCAGCUGUGGAGAUUUAAGCUCCUCGUCCUCAGCAUCACUACGUCGAUUAGUGACACCUCAUCCACCGCAUGGGUCAUCAGGAGCUCUUUACUCAGAGUCUGCACUGUGAGGAGAGGAGGAGGGUGAAGGAGGGACGGAGGAUGCUUAUGAGUUGACAUGGUUGUAAGGAAGAUGGGAGGAAAUAAGGCAGGCUGAGGAAAAGCAGAGUCUGAGGCAGUUUAGUGGAGAUAUCUAAUACUUCAAAUUUGAACGUCUUCCCUCCUUUUCCUCUUUGUCACCCCAGUUUCCUGAAGCCAACGUUGCAAAUGGCCUUAUUCAGUGGUGCUCUUCAUCACUCUGAACAUAAUCCCAGAGCUCACACUAUUUCACCGUUCAACAUCAGUGAAACGGUCACUAGAUGCUUAUUUCUGAGCAGUGUGGUCCCUGUUCUAACAGAAUGAAUCCACAACUGGCCGAAAACAACCAACCAGAUACAUCUCUCCGCUGUAUUCUCCACCUGUUCUCCCUCAAUACUGAUCUGGAGACAUAUUUUCCUCAAGACUGGAGGCAGAACUCGACUAGCAUUCAUGCUACAACAACCAGUUACUCAGAUGUCACACAAUCACAAUCACAUUAUGGGUUGCAAUAUGCUUCUGGCCUUUUUGUACAUUGCAAUUCACCCACAGGAUCGCUCAGAGAAGUCUCAUAGAAACUUAUUUUGUCUUCCAUUGAUUACAAAGAAAGAAUCUCAAUAGAUAUAGAGUUAGCUGAGUACGAUGUAAGAUGAGGUUGCACAUGAGGACAAGUGCUCUCACAUGGAAAACCCUUAACUGAGUUGCUAAUUUUGUCUUUUUCUUUUUGUAAUUCAGAUUGUUUUUGCAAUCAGAUUCCCACUUUCUCCACGUUUUUCCACCUACACACUGGCCUUAAAACAAAAAGGCAGCCAGCAUUUUUAACAUUAACAUUAAUGCAUGCCACAGACACAUGCUAAAGCGUUUGAAAUGUAUAUUCUGUGAGUGGCCCCUGGACACGGUGGUUUGAUUUGCAUAUGUGCAUGUUUUGCUACAGCCUCCCGAAUACUGCAGGAACCUUAUGCAUUGGACCUGACCGUCUCUGUAACUACGUAACAUGUCCUCCGAAUGUCUUAUCUGCAUGUUUUGACAAUUCUUCUUAUUUUUUUUCCUCUUGCAUUUGAAAUGUGUUUGUGUCAAUAGAUAGUUGAAGGGGAAGGUCAGAGUCAAAGAUGCGCAGUGUUCCCAAAAGUUUUCUGCCAGAUGGCCCCAAACAUGCCUCUGCAUCCUAAUUUGAUUUUGGUCGGGUUUGAAAAUGUUUCAAGUGCACAUGCAUAUCUUUGACACUAGCUAACGUAGCCGGAUCCUGUCAGAUGAGUGGUAUAAAUUGCACUGCGACUGAAGAGUCUCUUGCAAUAAAUGCUGGUGUUUGUUAUGAGGCUGGGCUUCACACUAUGCUUUGGCACGGUUCUCUUUGGACUUGCAGGGGUUGUGGAUAGGUGGUAAAUGGAAAAAAAAUAAGCCAUGGGCAGCUGAUAGUGAACAUAUGAUGGGUCUGGCAGCUCUGGAUACUCGGUAUUGAGUAUAUCAAUAUUUGUGUCGGAUUGGAGUGUUUUUUCUUUGGAAAGUAUUUUUGAUGUGCUCACAAAGUGAUGAUAUUGAGUCCAUAUCAGUAAAGGCACAUUUUGGAUAUACUCGUAUGUAUUUACCAAAUUUUAAAAAUGCACACGCACACACACUUACGCCUGCACACAGAUGCAGGCACACCCAUACACUCCCUUAUUAAGGCAUUGAGCUGUAUUUCUACCUCCUGUCUUGCAUUAAACAUUAUUUAUUUGAAGAAAUGUAUAUCUGUAUGGCAGGCUUAACAGGCUAGAGCCUUGAAACCUGAAUAAUAAAUGUAUCUUAACAUGACACGUAUUCCAGAUUUUAAAUGCAGUGUCAAUGGCAAAACUUUCAAUGCAAGUUAUGUAUUUCAAAAUAUGAAAUAAAUGAUAGACAAAUA